AUGGCUAGAGAACUGCAGAAACACCGUGAUACAAUUCAGGCUCGUUGGGAGAUGGGUCACUGGACAGAUUGUAAACAAGUCACUUGUGGAGUUGCCGGUUACCAGGCACGAGAAGUGACCUGCAGCGUGAUGGUAGACGGAGUGCGUCGAACAGGUGAUCCACGGCUGUGCACUGCUUUAGCUUCAUCCCGUCCACCUGAGACAAGACCCUGUCAUAAAGAAGAAUGCCCACGAUGGGAUGCAAGCGACUGGACAGAGUGCUCAUCUGCUCCUUGCCAACGAAAUGGCAUUGCAAAACAGCGUCGUCAUGUGAGAUGUCUGACAUCCAGCGGAGAAGCUGUGAGUGAUGAGAGUUGUGACAAGACGCAGAGACCGAAAACGCGCAAGGAAUGCGAAAAUCCAAGCUGUAAAGCGGAAUGGCAUGCAUCUGACUGGGGCUCGUGCUCAUCGAACUGUGGCACAGGAGGGGUACAGCUUCGGCUAUUAUCCUGUGUAUGGUCAGCGAGUCGUGCUGCAGCUGGACGAAACUGCGAAGGACGACGUCCACCAGCAGCUCGUUCUUGUCCGCUUGCUGGUUCGCUUCCUCCUUGUACUCCUACUGCCCUCCCACUACAACAAGAUGAAUCUUGCGAAGACAACUCGCGCUACUGUGAUAUUAUCAAAGUGUUCCACUCGUGCGACUCUGGUGAGGUUCGUCAGAAAUGUUGUGCGACGUGCAAAUAUGUGGAGAAACGACGUCGUUGA